CUCACUGAGCUCCAAGUCGAGGACGUCAAGCUCCAGGCGCUACCCAGCUCCCUUUCAGCUUGCACUAACCUCACUUCCCUCACCGUGAUGAACUGCUGCAUCAGCAUCUUCCCGUCCGUCAUUGUGAAACUCAGACAUCUCAUCGCGCUGAACCUUGUUGGCAACUUGAUCCGCAUUGUCCCUUCCUCCAUCCGCGCUCUGCAGUCCCUGGAGACCAUCAACUUGUCGUCCAACGUGAUAUCAACCGUCCCGCAUGCCAUGACAGCUUUGCAAUCGUUGCAGGAGAUCAUUUUUAGCGACAACAAGCUGAAACUAUGCGAUGUCAAAUUUGAAAAGAUGCAGUCGCUGCGUUAUCUGGACUUGUCUCACAACAACAUGAAGAGAAUUCCAAAGUUUGUGUGGGGCUGCAAAGAGCUCAACAUUCUGCACCUCAACAACAACAGCAUCGAAGGUCUGCCGUUGGAGCUGGGAGAGCUGCAAGAGUUGAGAUACCUGAAUCUUGAAGCAAACAACAUCUUCUUCCUACCGCCA